CUUUCUCCUGUUCAAUUCCUGUAUAUCCGCCAGCUUGUUUCCUCCUUGCAAUGAAGACCUGAGAGUGCAUCCCUCGGGCUCUGUGUUGUUCACUGAGCUUUGGCCAAGUGGGAGCUGCAGCCAGACAAGUGGGAGCUGCAGCAACUUGUGGGAUCUCCGCACACAGAGCCGUCUGCUGGAGGAGUUCCUGGAGUGCCAACGCUGGGCUGGAGGAGGCCCUGCCUGAGAAACAUUCUUCUGAAAAGCGAUCGUUCAACCACAUGUAUGCUGUUGCACCUGGGAGAUGCGAGGCUGAGUGAUGUUUACUCCAUCCUGCAUUCUUGGCUCGCAGGUUUACAGCGCUCUGUAGCUGUCUGCAGACCGUGAUGGGUUUACGUAGAAACACUUUUAGAAGUUUUCAAUCUAAGAUGCAUCAUAGACUAAACACUGAAGUCACUUAAAAGAGCAGGGCCGCUCCCUUCCUCACCCACCCAGCCUCCAGCCCACACCGUGUAGGCCUGGCCAUUAGGCAUCUCACUUUGUAGUGCAAAUACGAGUGCAGAGCUCCUGUCCUGGAAAUACAAAGGAAUGGUUGGUAUGUCCCAGUGCUGUUUGCGUUCUGGUAAGCAGAUGGGGUUUGAGGUGCACAGCAUCUGCUCCUCUCAGGGCUAUGAAUGACACUGAAGGCCAUUUUGUGUUUUAAAAUGCAAAGUUGGGAGCUGUGUGCAGUCAUCUGCCAAAAGUUGGUCUGAAAAACAACUGUGGACACUCAGCAGUGCAGCCUGUGUGUCAGUGCAGGGAUAAGGAGCAGUGGAUUUAUCGCAGUUCCUGCUGAAAUGCCCCCAGUGCCUUUUCGGAGGACCUUUGAUAAAGCAUGUUGGGAGAAUUUCAUUUCCCUUGGACUUGGAGCUGUUUCGCAGAUAAAUUCUGAGAGCAUCUCGAUGUUCAUUAUGCUUUGAGAUUCAAAUUGUGCCCCUUCUAUUAGGACAGCUUUGGUAUGCAGGAGAGGACGUAGCGUGUGAUUCGAGUCCUGGCACGCUGCUUUGCAUCACGCUCACCAUUUGGAAGGAUCGUCAGCUUUCGGGUGUUCUGUGGGCUGUGAGGAGGGAGGUGGUGGUGUGACCUGCCUGGGGUUGUUCUGCACACAGCUGUGGUAGUGGCAGGGCCAGAGAUGUUCACCUGAGGUCCUCACUGGGCUGAGCCAGGAGUUGGCUGGUGGGAUGUGCUGUGGGCCUUGUUUGCAGGCUGCAUCGCUAGGCCGCGCUGCUGCUGGUGGGCCGCGCUGCUGGGACGUGCCAUUGGGAUGUGCCGUGGGCCUCCUGCAGUGGCUGCAAACUGAGCACUGCUCCCAUGGGUGUCUGUGGCAGGAGCCAGCAGGAAUGCUCAGAUGGGCCUGAAGUGUUGGGGCUGCCAUCCAGCAGGUCCUGGAGGAUCUGCAGUGUUCUCUGAUCUCCUGAAAAGAAGCGCACCGGAGGUGAGCGGCGUCGAGAGCAGGGCUUCAGUGAGUGCUGAGCAGGAAAAUCCCUCUUAAAACAGAUCAAAACAAAAAGAAGUGCCUGCUUCAGUGUAGAUUUUCCUUUUUCCUGCAGGACUGGGGGGAGUAUCACAACACAAACACGACUGAAGCAGGAAUGAAGGCUGUUUCAUUCUGCUGGCACAUGCCUCGUGUUUGUGCAGCUGGUGGCCUGCCAGCUCCAUGCUGCAGCCGAGCCCAGGGUGCGUGUAUGUCAGUUAGUUCUUCUUUUCCUGACAUUAUUAAAGAACAAAGCGUAAAACUGCUGACAAAUAAUUUGAACCCAGUAUAACUCAGCAUGCUGAUGAGAUGUUUUCCUACUUGUUUGAAAAAAGCAAAGGACAGAGUGGAUUUUUUUUAAAUAAUUGGGACGCAGUUUUGGCUGAAUUGAAAACAAGAGCACCCAGGCUGCAAACCAGUUAAACCUUCUCCUACCUUUAAGAUUUCAUUGCCCGUAGAUGCAACUUUGCUUUGGUUACAGCCCUCGUUGGCGGUGACCUUCGUCCAAGCAAAGGUUUGCUAAAGGCAGAGGCAGAGCUUGCUGGUACCGCUCAUUAAAUCCGAGAGGAUUAACGUGCAGUUUAUUUCCUCUAAAACCACCAAACUAUCAGGAAAUAACUAAGCCCUAAAGUUUUAGGUUUGCAGAGAUGAUUUCCUCCUAAUGCAUGUACUUCGGAGGAAUUUCAAAAUCCCGUUAUGUAAGAGGGAGGCAGAGUCCCCUAUUAAUCCGGGGGAAUGAUGUUUAAUGGCUUGUUUCAUCCGUUAUUGGUCUAAAGAAUUCCUCAGAAAUCAGCUGACCCAAAGUGCCAGGGAAGUAUUUUUACCUCUGUUGCUGAAACUAUUACCGCUCAGUAAUUUCACUAAUCUCCUUUGCAGCGAGAUUAGAUUGCAAAUGCUUUGAUGCAGGGAGCGCUGUGUUUGUGAAAACAGCUCAGUGGCCGCGGGCACCGCCGAGUGGAAGUGCCAGUAAGUGAAAAGGAGUGGUGCUCCGCUGCCGAGCGAUGCUUUGAACCAUCCAUUGCCUUGAUUGUGCUUCAGAUUGCCUGUGGUUUGCCAUAGUUCCAGCCCUGCCCAGCUGCGUGCUUCUCGCCCAUCAGGGCAUGGGGCGGGAGGAGCUGUGUCGUGGAACAACUGCACAACUUGUCCCGGAGCGGCAGCUCUGCUGCCCUACUUACGUGGUGUAAAAAUACCUAAUCCUGAGGAUUUUAUUUCCCCCUCUGUAGGGCAGUGGAGAGUAAUUACUUUUCUCUAGUGAAGGUAGGGAUGCUGGAAAAGUUUAAUUAAUGCCCGUUAGGAGAUGCCACUGAUACUUAAAUGAAUUCAUCAGGGUAGGGCACUUAACGCUCACCAGAAUAGCAAGCGAUUGCAGCGGACUGUAUGUCUUUAAACUGAGUUGCUCAUGGCUGUGCAGAAGUGCUGGUACCUGCAGACUCCUGUCUGACAUGGAGCAGAAGUGGAAUUGAGGAAUGACCCGAAAAAAAAUUUGUCUUUCUAAUAUAAGUGGAAGUAGCCAUGUGAGAGCCCAGGGGAGGCUGGGAUCUACCUGUGAUGGCAGAUGUGAGCCUUGAGGUUUGUGCCAGGGGAACCUCAGCCUCUCCCAUCUCCGUGCUGACGGAGCAGACGCUGUGAUGGGAUGACACCAGAACGAAGCUGCACCAGUUGUCUCCACCAGAGCUGUGAAUCCCUCUGAAAAAAGAGCAGCAGACGUGUUUGUGCUGUUCAUAUGGUUCCUCAUCCCAAAUGCUGGCAUUGGAGCUCUCCAGAGCCUGGAGAACACUGCUGCUGUGCUGUGAUUGCAGGAAUUUAACCAGCGGUGCUUGGCCACGCAGCAGCUCUGCUUUUAGCACAGACUCCAGGAGGAAAAAAAGGUGACACAGCCGUGUCUGCGGGGAGGAGGAAGGUGCUGGUGUUCUGCUGCUGCUCUUGGAGGCACAGAGCCGCUCUGCUCAGGAGCGAAUGUGAGCAUCACAGUGUUGCUUGUGAUACUGCUCCAUUCAGUCAUCAAACUCUGCUGCGUGAUGCGGAGUGUCGUGGUGUAGGAGUACAAGGGUUUGUACCUGAGGAGCUUCCGUCUGUGCUUUCUCCCUAAUGCAGGAGAGGAAAAAGGACUGACAUCAAUUUUCCCGUUGUUGAAUCACCCUCGGGGACAUACAAUUGUUGUUCUUGCAAUUGUAAUUUGUUGCCUCUUGGCAAAUACAUCUUUUUUUUUUCUUCCUUAAUUGAACUACGUUGUUAAGAGGUCCAUUUCUCUUUCUGGUUCGGGCAGUUGCAGAGACAUUGAAUGUUAAGGAAAGUGCAAAGGAAAGCUGUGCCUGCUCAUGCGUGGUGAUGUCUGCUGCUCCACAUUUCACAGCACCGUGGCGUGGUUGGGUUGAAGGGACCUCAGAGCCCCAUCCCCAGCCAUGGGCUGGUUGCACCUCUGCUUCUUCAUUUGUCUUGAAAAAGUGGUGAAAGUGAAUGUGAAUGUACUGAGGGUGGCUCUGAAUAAAGGAGCACUUCAGUGCAGGUCUAUUGUGGGUAACAGUAUAUCUGCUCUGUGAAGCGCUGUGCCCUGGCAGUAGUAAAGCAUUUCAGAGAGAUGACUCCAGAAGCUGUAUGGUCAGGGGAGAUGUCAGGAAAGGGAACAAUGCAAUAAAUAGAGGGGAAAACGACCGUGCUGUCAGUUCUGGUUUCCCUAUUGGGGUGUGUGUACAUAGCUGCCCUUCUGAUUGAUUGUGAAUUGAGAACGGGAAUUAGGUUUGGCUUUGCCUUCAAAGCUGUCUUGUUAUUUGAAGCGCUUUCUUAGGAGAGCUCCAUUUCUGUGUCAGCCCGGAGCUGGGGAGCUCUGUGAGCAGAUACAGACCAGCCCGGCCCUGCGAGAGCUGCACCCAGAGCUCUGAUCGUGGGACCUGUGUGGCUGUAACAGAGCGACCUUCCUCCUCAUGGUCUGAGCAGGCAUCGCGACUCUGCUCGAGACAUCGACCUUGCGCAGAACGUACGGAGGCAAAAAUUAAAAUGAAGUCAACGGGAGAAACUCAUCCUUCACACAGCCACUGGAGCUGUCUGCCAAGAGAGAGUUAUUUUCUGUUCACUUCUUUGGAUUUUGUGUGUAAUUUUUGCUGCUGUGACAGUUUUGUGACAGUGUGUGGCUGGGAUCACCUGGGAGAGAGCUGACCGCAGCCGGGGAGAUGGGCACCUCGCGCUAUCAGGCUGCACGUAGCUCAGGCUCCUUUUUAUGAUGGAAAGCUCAGAGUAGAAAUGAGAACAGCAGUUUUCUUACUGUGAAGUCGCUGCCGUUCUUUAUCCUCUUUGCUUUUUGUAAUGUGUUUUCAACUAGCGGAAGAAGUUUGUUCUGAAGGUAAAAACUAACCUGCAGAGAUCUCAGAUAGGAGGAGGUAACCGGAGUGUCUGUGGGACGUGUGGGUUCGUCGGUAAUCCAGAGGCUCCAGUAUUAAUUACCAUCAGUUAAUAGACUCAUUUACCAGUUCCAGUUUCCACGCGCUCUGUUGAGACCGCUUCCUUGCUAACUGUGAGAGAUAAGGAGAGGAGAAAUGCUGAGAAGCAGAUGUUGCAUGACCAAGUACCCAGCUGUGCACUAACAAAAUGAAUCUCCUGGUAAUUAGUUAACAAUUCCUUGGCAGUCAGAGGCAUAUGUAAAACAGUAAACACAGCAUGGGGAAAUAAUAAUAAUAAAAAAACAUUAAAAGCAUUUUCUGAGCUUUAAAACAUUGGCAGCGUCGUUUCAGCCAUCUGUGUUGCUGAGGAGCUGACUGCUCGGUAAGUCAUGCCAAGGUCAGAGCUGACUUGCAGCCCUUAACCCUUUGGCAGCGAGAUGUAACAUCCUGCUUGCUGAGCGUGGUCGCCUAUCGGCACUGCAAUCAAUAAAAUAAAGUAAUCAUGUCGGCGGUGCUGACGCAGCUCUCCGUUCGGUAGAUGUAUUUUAUGGAAGAAAAGCAAGAGCUGAAAGGUGGACUCAGAUGGGCAUAGUGCAACUGAACUGUUGUUAAUUUUUUUCUGCUGCUACUGGUGCAGCCCUGGAGAGAAAAUAUCUGAUCGUGUUCUAAUGGUUGUACUUGUGGGGAAAAGGUUGGGCUUUGUUCUACGAGCGGAGCUGUGCGUGUUGCUGUAACUUUGUGCAUAGUUAAUCUGUGGGAUGCGAGUUGUUCAGCUGAUGUACCAAUCACUUUUAAUACAAAACCCUCAGCUUACCCCAGUUUUCUCUGGGCCCCCUGUGGCCCGAACACUCUUCUUUAUGGAACACAUUGGAGCGGUACCAAUGCUUUCAGUCAAUUGGAAGUGUUCGCUGUCUGCAUCCUCCUGGGGAUGUAACGCUGCUGCAUCACCACAGCAGUCCCUGCUCUGCGCUGCAAAUUCUGUGCUUGCACGACUAUGAACAAUUGGUUAGGACAGGAAACAUAAUCAAUCACUUAAAGCCUAAUGAAGCUUCUACUUCAGAGUGGCUUCGUCUGCUAAAAUAUGACAUUGGCUGCUGCGAAGGGGUGGUCUGUAAUUGCUUCUCAGGGCGUGGUGUGCACCUUGCCCGUCGGGGCUGGGCCGUACACAGCUCCCAGUGGGGCUCCAGGCUCCAUACCGGGCUCCAGGCUCUCUGCCUGGGCCCUGAGGAUGUCCCAAGCUGACAGAGCUGGUGGCAGCAGCAACCUGCCCGUGUCCUGUGCUGACAUGGCUGGCAGCGGCCUGCCCUUGCUGCCCGGCCUUGCAGCAUCGCAUUGCAAACACACAACAGCUUCGCUCCAGGAGAGAAUGCUCUAGGGAGCAACACAUACUUCCCCCACUGCUGUACUUUGUAAUGUGCCGUGGCUGUGGAGAGCUUUCUGCUAAGCAAGAACUGGUGAGGAGUUUGGAAACCCACCGAGGUCUGCGUCUGACCUCGCAGCGCCAGGCCUGGCCGGGCCGUGGGCCUGGUGGGUGAAGGGGCAGCAGUGCUGCCUCCUGGGGGGGGUUGUGCUUGGGAAAACGUCGGUUGAUCUUGAGGUACUUUUCCUGAUUUUUAGGUUACUGUAGGGCAGCUGUGAUUUGGAUACGCUGGUUUUAAAACUGUGAGGUGAACGUUGGGUGCGUUUGCAGAGGGGAAAGUUUCAAGUCCUGCAGGAUGUCAUAAGGGUUUAACAUAACCGCAGCUCUGUAGGUUGUGUUUUGAGAGGAAGUCAUUUUCUUGUGUUACUUCUAUGAAAUUAAUAUGACUUGGGCAAUCUAAAAGUUGCAGUGCUGUUUAUGCCAGAACGCUGACGUGCCAGCAUCUAUGCUUUUCUCUACCCAGCUUGGUUUGCUGAUAAAUGUGUUGAAGAAUGUGUGAGAAACACGAGCCCGCACCCUUCCAGCCCUCCUCCUGCAGCAGGGGACAUGGGGCACUGUGCGCUGCCAUCACCCCAUGCCCAGGAUGAGCAGUGCUUCUCUCCAUCCCAAAACUGAGAGCAGCAUGAAAUGUGCAUGAGGCAGCAUCAGCAUUAGUCAUGGCUGUGCACAUCUGGAGGCAGGAGGAUUGUGCUGAGUGUACGCAUUGGACAGAGGGAGCUUUUGUGGGGGGUGGCGAUGCUGCUAUUUUCCAAUUAAACUUGGACCUACCUGUAAUCAAUACGGCUGUGGGCACGGCACAUUUGUUAAAUUGGUGCAGAGGAGUGCUGACCUAGAACACAAUGUUGGUGGUUUUAAAUCCCUGGGAGUCCUUGGGAGCGCAGCGAGGCACGGCUGUGUGUGCUGGAGCCUGAAUUUAUUGCUGCUCUGCCUCUCUGGCACAGCAGGAGCUGUCCUCGGGGAAUGUCACCGCCGUGUUGGAGGUGCUGAGCUUUCUGGAGCUCAUGGGAACGACCAAAGCCUCGGUGCUGGGUGCAGGAGCUGGGGGCACCGCUCGUGGUGUGGCUGGGGCUCCUGGGUGGGAAUGUCGUGAAAAUGGGGGUGAAGUUUAAAAUGGGAAGAAGCCCAUAGUCUGGCAGAUGGAAAGUAAGGUAACUGCUAUUCCUGGGUUGUUAAAAUAUUUGUGUUAGCAGCUCUGCUCCGUGAUGGCUAGUGAUGGGGGAGGAUCACAUGCAAACAGCAGGGAGAGGAAGCAGAGACGAUAAUAAAUGCCUCAUUUUGGCUGCAGUUCACGGUAAUUCUUCAUUUUUCAUGGUCGGUCUAAUCCCAGCGUGCGAAGCUGAACUGCGCACGGAUAGUUUUUUGUGGUCGAAGAGCUAAUCUCUAGCCCAAGUUGAUACGGACAGAGCUGUCUGCUCAACAAAGCUCUCUGAUUACAUUUCAGCAUGAGCCAGCACGUGGGAAUGAGCUGUGCUGGUAGGAGGACAGCGAUACUCAGAGCGAGGGGACGUGGGAGCAGCUGUGGGGUCCCGGAGCAAAGCUCGCUGCAGGGCUUGGGCAGGGCAGAGGUUUGUGGAGCUGGUGCUGCCAGCUGUGCAGUUCCAGGAGGUUCCUUGCUUACGGGGCUUCCCAUGUCUCAGGAGAACACGAGUACAGUGUCACUGUCACACUGCUGCUCUGCCAAACUCCAGCCCGAAAUAGGUUAGUGGGCCUAGAAAUUAUGCACAGUGUAAUUGCGUGUCUUGCUUCCUAUGAAAAGUAGGCUAAAAAUAAGCCCGUGUAGUAUUUGAAUAAGUUCUAAUCAGUGCAUUCCCCCUCAAAAAAAAAAAAAAAAAAAAAGCCUUGGCAUGUGAACACGUACCCUUCUGCUGGGAAAAUAAUGCCAAGUCCCAAACAGAUUAAAUGGCUUGUGUAACGCAGAGCAGCUGCAAGGACAUUUUUCUUUGAGGAUGUGACUGAAAUGUGUCAUUCUAUAGAACUUCACGCUGCUUAAGCAAUAAGAUAUGGUAUGUUAUCCAUAUGUCAGUAUGUGAAAUGUGACGCAGCGUUAGGGCAAACACCAGGGCAGACCAUUUUUGCCCAGGGCAGAACCAGUGCAAGGGAGGUUUGGGACCCUCUGUGAGAGAGGACUGUUGAGACAGUGCUCAGUAAGUGCUGGUAACUAUGAAUUUGCACAUUAGCUGCAGAUUACAAUAGGGAAGCAUUAAUAUUAGAACAGUUUUGUUCAUUUGUGUAUGUUAAUUGUGCCUCCUGGAGCAAAUUGGUUUGCUUGAAACCUCCAUAAAUCACAUUCUCUACUGUGAAUAUACUAAGACCCCACACUGGAAAUGUAAGCGAAUGAAUGGAAGAUUGUCUGUGAGUUGGGAAAAACAAGCUGUAGUUACCCUGCAGAAAUUUGCCUCAUUGUUUGGAUUGCUUGCCUUUGUUUUGCAGCGUUCCAGUUCUGUAUCUGCUCAAUUAGGAGCAGAUUAAACGUUUUAUGUAUUAUUAUAACCUUAGCAGCUGUGGGGGAUUCUGAUUUCGUAGCUGCGACGUCUGUGUGCAGCUCUGCAGAGCGAGAGACAGCGCUGCUCCUACCAGACAGCCCCCGUAGGUGCGCUCGUUUGCACGCUGAUUAAAACUCAGCGAGAGACAGUGCAUAAUUAGGAAGCCUUAAUAAAAUAAUCCAUGCUAUCCUUAGAACAACCUCGAGUUUUUAAAGUUUUGAACAAGUUUUUGACCCUUCAGCUUUCUGCAGCACGCGCUGUGGAUGCAUGUGAGCCUUGUGCAGUGCGACCGUGCAGCAGCAGCGGAUCACGUUGUGUCCUGUCCUACAAUGGGGCUUGGCUUAAUCUACUGCGACGAUGUCAGAAACCUGCUGGCUCUCUUGCUUUGCAUUUCUGCCUCGCUUUCAGAGGCGUGGUUUGAUCUUACAAAUCUUAGUUUUGUUUGGUGAGGUCUUUCAAGUUCUCCAAGCUGCAUUCACUGAGCUUUUGUGAGUUCUUCUCUCUGCCUUGAGCCUGGCAGUCACAGAGGAGUUUGUCUGAGUUCUUUGUCAUCAGUGUGAACGUGACUUACUUGAGCUGGUAGCCAUGUGCCAUUCUGGCAGAUGGAAUAUUGUGGGGGCUGCUAGAAAUGAGGACAGGGCAGUGCUGGGGGCUGGGGAAUGGGCAGCACUCGGCAGUAGCCAGAGGGAACGGUGGUUCCCUGCUGAGCUGCAGCUACAGCUUCAUCUGGUGCAUGAAGAGCGGGACCUCGAGGGUGGCUUCCUGCCAACAGCUCUUCCUCUGAUUCUUUUCCCCACAGCCAUCAUACAGUAUCAGAACAGAAGAUGCUGUUUGUGAGCUGGGAGCAGAGGAAAGCGGUACAUCUCAGCUUGGAGGUAUUGCCCCACAGGAACUGAAAGCAAAUUCAUAGAAUGGCUUGGGUUGGAAGAGGCCCCAAGGAUCAUCAAGUUCCAACCCCCCUGCCAUGAGCAGGCCACCAACCUCCAGAUCUGGCACUUGCCCAGGUUGCCCAGGGCUCCAUCCAACCUGGUCUUGAACACCUCCAAGGAUGGAGCACCCACAGCCUCUCUGGGCAACCUCUGCCAGCACCUCACUGCUCUCUCUGUAAAGAACUAGCCCUGACAUCCAGUCCAAACCUUCCCUCCUUGAGCUUAAAACCAUUCCCCCUUGCCUCAUCACUGUCUAUAUUCUUGUGAAUUGUGGUAGUUCAAGAAAGUCGUGGAGUGCUUCAUCUUUCCCGUGAGCAAGGGAUGAUACAAGGGACCUCCUAGGGAAGCAUCUUGAGAAAAACAGAGAAGUAAAAUAUUUGUUCAGAGUAUAGCAAACUUUUAUAAAUAUGCAUAAGAUUGUUGAUCUUUUCUGUGCUUUUUCCUCAAGAAAAUAUGGAAUCAAAGACAGGAAAGUCACCAUAUGUUAUGCAAAAGGUCAAACUGUUCUCUUGCGGAAAGUUCUUUUGCAUUUCUCUUCCCCACUGUUCAGUUGAAGGAAAUGGUUAUGUUUGCGUUUUAUUUGAAACCCAUUCAUUACUUUAAAUCAUUUGAGUUCUACUCAUAUCUCCUUCUGUGUCUGAUCUUAUAUCAGAAACAGCUGUACAGCUCUUUGUGCUUUGCCAUUCUCCUAUUUAAUAAUAGCUACGCGAAAAUACUUGGCAUUAUCAGAGAAACCCCUACCCAGUUGUAAUUCUCCCGACUCUAUUUCCAUGGUUAAUGGAUUUUUGUGUGCGUGCAAUGUAUGACUAUAAUUAUAUCUGAUAAUGUUAUAUUAGAAGCUGGCAUCUGAAAGUUUCAAGUUCUUCACUCAUAGGAUUUUCCUUUUGAAAACCCUUAAGGCUGCAGGCAGGCAAGGUAUCGGGCUGUGCUACCACUGCAUCACACAGAACAAACUGAAGCUGAGGUCUGUGUCCCCCCAGCUCACACUCGGCCCCUUUGGGCCCUCAGUAGAUGGAAGCAGAUGCUUCUUUCUGUGAAAAACCUUGAGGACCCAGCACUGUGGAUCCUAAUUCCUUGCUUCCAAGAUUGUCAACUGUGACACAUCUGUUUGCAAACUGAGGCAAUUGUUAGCUGGGUAACAAGUGUUAUUUUCAUACACCAACCAAAUGGCACUGAAAGAAUCCUGUAAAUGCCGUCUAUUUUCUGCCAGUAUUUUCUUCCUUCCUUCUGCGCUGAACAAUGCACUUUAUCUGGCAGUGGAUGAGGAACCUUGCCGUGGAUACGGGACGGGAGCCUUCUGGAACAGUGGGUUUUGCUGUUUCCACACCACCAAAAAAGAAAAACCAAAGGACAGAGCACAGGCUGCUGCUGUUCACACUUCAUCUCUUGUCCUUUCCAGCUCCGAGUGUGUUUCAGAAUUGAGCUGUGCAUUCUUGUAUUUAUAAAAGAUUGUUCAGGGGUUUACCUUACAAAGCACAUUUUAGUUAUCAUCAAAACUUUAAAUACUUUUAACGAAAAAAAGCCCUGAUGAGCCCAAACACAAAGCCAGAUCGUGCUUGCAUAGGUUUGCCAGCACUGCUUUCCUGGUGGGACGUUUCCCACGCCGUGUGAUGCCAUGAAGGCAGUGCAGCACAGAGCUCCCUGCCUGGAUCCUUUGCCACCAUCCCUGGCGAUCUGAAGGCAGUGUUCUGCGAGGGCUGGUGCUGCUCGCCCUGUUUUAGUGCUCGUCGUCUCCUACAUCUGUAGGAUUAAAAGCCCAGAGCUCGUAUUUACUGGUGUUUUCUGUGUGUGGUGCAGCUGAGGUGGGCUGCCCUAAAGGUGAGCUCUGCUCUCGGCUCCACGCAGGUGUUACCAGGGUAAUAGAAACAUGAGCUUUGUGGCAGCCUUACUGCUUCAAUCUGGAGAAACAGUUUUUCAUUUAUUUCUGCACUGUAAACCAAACAUUGGGUGUUUUGAACGCUAUGGUAAAUGAUUUGAUAAGACUGCAAGGCUUAUCUCAUCUCCACCACAACUUCUGUAAACACGGAUGUAUUACCGAGAUUUUGUUGGACAGACUGUAACAAACUGCAAUUAAAUAAGCCUUUCAGUGUAAACCUCUUAAUAUUUUUUCAGCUUUCAGGCGGUAAAUGAGUCUGCUCUAAUGGGCUGUUGUGACUUUGAACUGUCUUAAGAUUUCCUUCUAUGCAAAAGACUCCAUGUAAAUUCUUCUGUGAACUGUUCUGCUCCUGUCAUGUGAACGCAGCUGGGUCAGUCUGACAUCCCCUGUGCUUUGGGUGGAUUUGCAGAAUAUCUUUAACGACGCAUCCGUAGCUCCACGAAAGAUCCUUAAUUCAAUUUUCUUGAAAGAAGACUGACACUAGUAACGUUCUCUCAGCAGGUCACCAGCAAAUGCUCUUCCCCCUGAUUUCUUUACAGCGCAAAGAAACAAGAUUCACUAUUGCACUGUUGUAGUUGGAAGCUCACGGAUGGGUUUUGCUGCUGGCCGGGGCUCUGCUGCCUUCCUCUGCAUGGCAUCCCAGCCCAGCCAGUCAGUCCCGUCCUGUUGCUCCCCAGCCUUGGGGCAUUUGGUGGGGAUGUGCAGAACCAGUCUGGUAAAUGUGGCUAUUUGCAUAGCUCUUCAGGAUUCAGUUAUAAAGCGAUCCGUGCUCUCCUUGUCCUCUGUCAAACCAUUAAUUCCCUGCAUAGUUUAGUAAAGUGAAAUUCACAUCCCAGGAGGCUUUAGCAAAAUUCUGCAUGAGCAUUUGAAAGCUUUUGUAAGGCCUCCUACUGAGUGUUUUAAUAUAUAUAUUUAAAAUAUUUUCUCUUUAGACCAUGAUUCUGAAUUGCUGUACCUGCUUUGAUGCCUGUCUGCGUUCCCAAGCAGCCCAGCUUGCUUUCACCUGUGCUCUUCCACUUCUCUGUCCCAGGGCAAUGUCCUCUCUCAUCACACAGCUCCCUGGGCCCUGCACUUCUGCCAGCUCCCAGGUUUGGUGGUGAUGGCUCCGAGCUCUCAGCCUGCAUCUCUGACAGAGCCUUGUGCUGAGGGGGAAGGUGAAGAGUCUGCUAAUGCAGCCAGGACAGAUUAGCAAUAUGUUUUGCUCCUAUUUCGCGACCUUUACAAAUCUAAGGAGUUGGGUUUUUUGUGGUUUCUGGGUUGUUUUUUUUUUCCGUUUGUCUUUGUGAAAUAUAUCAUUUGCAUUUCAAAUCCAAAAGUAUGCUUUUAAUGUAUUUGGCUCUUCUCCCACAUUUGUUCCAGAAAAUCAAGUUCUGUUCUUUACCUCGUCCGUUCUGCUCGGUGUGCAGGGGGAAGCUGAUGUCAUGCGAUGGAUUUCUGUUCUGGGACAAACAUCCCCACCCAACCUAUGGUCACUGCCGGUAUGUGAGCGGUGGGGCAGCAGGGGCCUGCAGGACCUUGGUCGAGCUGCAGCCAGCCCACGGCCGUUGGGUCCUGGCAGGAUGCUCCCAGCUGUAUCUGGAGACGUGCGUACCAUGGGCCUUUGAGCAGCGUGCUGUGGACCUGCUGCUGCUCAGUCCUAUUGAAAGGCAAACUGCACACACACAUCUGUCACGUUCCCAAGGUGAUGGUCUGCUGCGAGGAUCCUGCAGCAGCCUGGCUCUGUAAUUGCCGGGUAGCAUAUAGGAAUUGUUAAGUGUUGUGAGCUGAACCUGGUGAUUUUCUUUCUCGUUGUCCAUUAGAAAAUAAUGCGGCAGCUGAUUGCUCUUUUAAGAAGCUGUUGUUACCUGAUUCUCCUUGCUUUUAGGAGGAAGUGGCUGUGCUCAGUGAGUGCAGUGUCGGGGUCUGCAGCUCAUGCUGAAUUACACCUGCAAGUCAUUGCUGAGGAGUCACAGAGUGAAUGCUGUGCCACGUGUAGCUUUGGUUUCCUGGAGCAGCACACCUGGUUCGUGCAGCUGGAAGCUGCUUUUGCUUAGUCAAGCCAAUCACCAAUUAAUGUUACUUUUGUAUUAAUAUCCAAGAUUUAAUUAAACUGUAAAUGUUCUCCCUUGCCCAGUGCGUGGUUCCUGCUGCAGUCUGAGCACAGCCCCUGGUAUUCUGCGUGGCCCUGCGUGCUUGGCUGUGUUCACACCGUGGGGCAGCCCGGGAUGGGGAACCCCCUCAGUGUCCCCUCUGCUUCAUUCCUGCUGAAAACCAGAAUUGCGCAGCAGGAUCUAAUCCGCGCUUUUUUUUUUUCAUUCUUUAAUGCUUAAAAAAAAACCCUCUGAGCCUCUGGCGUGCAAGGAUAAUCUGGGGAGGGGCUGAGGGGAUUUAGGGUGAGGAGCAGCGGGCAGUGUUCAUGUGCAAGUUUACUCAAGUUCAGAAUCUCUGUGGGUCUGCGUCACUGGACAUUAGGUUUCAUGAAGGAUUCUGUUCCCGUGGCUGUGCCCUGCAGCCUUCUCCUCUCCUAUGGGCCUGCAGGCGGCGGCUGAGCUGCAUCCAUGUGCUGGGCCCGGUGUCCAUCCGUGUGCUGGGCCUGGUGUCUGUCCAUCUGCAGGGCCCGGUGUCCAUUGGUUGGGCCGUGCAGCCUCUCCUCACUGUGCUCUUUUUGCCAUCUGCAGCUGUUCCCCCCUCACAUCCCUUCCCUUAAAGUCCAUUUCCGUGCUGGGUGCUGUAAUGAAGGUGCGUGCCCUAGCAAUGGAUUGCGUCGUUAGCCAGGGAAGUUAACGUGCUUUUAAUGAACUGCUGCUUUGAAAAGUUGCUUUUAUUGUUAACAGUGAGGUAUUUUUUGAAAAGGAUGAAAGGAAAAUGCCUCCCAACGCCGCCGCUGCUGUUUAGCGUAUAGAGGUCAUUGUCUCAGGCGCUGUUGGCAUGGAAACGUCGCGGAGCUCUGGUGCAGCACGGUGCCCGUGUGUGCACACCGUGCCGUGCACCACAGCCGGGCAGUUCACAGCUGUGGGCACGGCUGUCACACACCCCCUGCACCGGCAGCAUCACCCACAGGCACCUGUGAAGUUAUGGUGCUGUCACUUAUCGUUGGGCAGCGGUUCGUGCAUCAAAACUUGCAGUGUUGCUGUUCUGCCGGCACUGGAAAAGUCAUCAACAAAGAUUUGCGUCACUACUUGAGCCUUCAGUUCCAGAAGGGCUCCAUAGACCAUAAACUCCAGCAAGUGAUCAGAGACAAUCUCUACUUGAGAACCAUCCCUUGCACUACAAGGGCUCCCAGAGAUGGGGAGGUCCCCGGCGUAGACUAUAAUUUCAUUCCUGUUGAGCAGUUCAAAGCACUGGAAGAAAGUGGAGCCUUGCUAGAAAGUGGAACGUAUGAUGGUAAUUUUUAUGGUACUCCAAAGCCUCCAGCAGAGCCCAGCCCCUUUCAGCCUGAUCCAGUGGAUCAAGUUCUCUUUGACAAUGAUUUUGAUACUGAAUCACAGAGGAAAAGAACCACGUCAGUCAGCAAAAUGCAAAGGAUGGACAGUUCUCUCCCUGAAGAUGAGGAAGAGGAGGAAAAGGAAGCGGUUAAUGGCAGCGGAGGGAUAGAAAACAAAGAAAAACACUCAGAUUCUUCUGACUGGAUGAAACCUGUUCCCAGUUACAACCAGACAAGCAGCUCCAUGGACUUCAGAAAUUACUUGUCAAGGGAUGAAACCCUGGAACCUCUGCCCAAGAACUGGGAGAUGGCCUACACCGACACUGGCAUGAUCUACUUCAUCGAUCACAACACCAAGACAACCACAUGGCUUGAUCCACGGCUCUGCAAGAAAGCCAAAGCUCCUGAAGAUUGUGAAGAUGGAGAACUCCCUUAUGGAUGGGAAAAAAUAGAAGAUCCACAAUAUGGAACAUAUUACGUUGAUCAUAUAAACCAGAAAACUCAGUUUGAAAACCCAGUGUUGGAAGCCAAAAGGAAAAAACAGCUAGGACAGACUGAUGCUGGCCCUUCAAAGUCAGGACCAGAGAAGUCUCUCUUCACUAGAGAUCCAUCCCAGCUUAUAGGAGCACUUAUACGGACGUCACUGAAAAAAAGUACAAUGGGUUUUGGUUUUACAAUUAUCGGAGGGGACAGGCCUGAUGAGUUUCUCCAGGUGAAGAAUGUGUUAAAAGAUGGACCUGCUGCACAGGAUGGGAGAAUUGCACCAGGUGAUGUCAUUGUAGACAUAAAUGGAAAUUGUGUCCUCGGCCAUACCCAUGCAGAUGUUGUCCAGAUGUUUCAGCUAGUUCCUGUCAACCAGUAUGUGAACAUGACUUUGUGCCGUGGCUAUCCUCUUCCCGACGACAAUGAGGACCCAGUUGUAGAUAUAGUGACAGCUACACCUAUUAUCAAUGGACCACCUGUGACCAAAGGAGACAUUUGUCUGACCAGCCAGGAGUUAAUAGCCGGAACGGUUGUGUUGGACCAGAAUGGAAAAACAGGCCCAAUGCUGGUCAAUGGUCGUCUGAAUGGCCCUUCCAUGGAUACAGGCGAGCAGAGGAUCUCCGUUGCAUCUUCAGGAGGCUCUCAGCCAGAGCUGGUCACCAUCCCUCUAGUCAAAGGUCCUAAAGGCUUUGGGUUUGCCAUUGCAGACAGUCCUACAGGACAGAAGGUAAAAAUGAUUUUAGACAGCCAGUGGUGCCAGGGACUUCAGAAAGGGGACGUAAUCAAGGAGAUCUGCCAUCAGAAUGUGCAGAGCUUGACACAUCUGCAGGUCGUGGAGGUACUGAAGCAGUUUCCAAUAGGAGCAGAGGUGCCGCUGCUCAUCUUAAGAGGAGGUCCACCCUCACCUACCAAAUCUGGCAAAGUGAAGGACAAGCAGGAGAGUUCAGGGAGCUUGGAAGCGCUCAGUGAUGCCAUCCCGCAGCCGAUGCCUUUCCCCCCCAGCGCUGUAAGAUCCGGUUCUCCUAAACUGGACCCUUCAGAAGUCUACUUGAAGUCCAAGACUAUGUACGAGGACAAACCUCCAAACACGAGAGAUUUGGAUGUUUUCCUGCGAAAACAAGAGUCGGGCUUCGGUUUCCGCGUGCUUGGAGGGGACGGACCGGAUCAGCCUAUUUAUAUUGGAGCCAUUAUCCCGUUGGGAGCUGCAGAAAAAGAUGGCAGGCUUCGAGCUGCUGAUGAACUCAUGUGCAUCGAUGGAGUCCCCGUUAAGGGGAAGUCACACAAACAAGUUCUGGACUUAAUGACCAGUGCUGCACGGAACGGUCAGGUGCUGCUCACAGUCCGGAGGAAGAUCUUCUUUGGUGGAGAAAAGCAAGCAGAGGAGGAGGAGUCGCAGGCUGUCGUGACGCAGAACAGCUCUCCCAGACUGAAUCGGGCAGAGUUUGCAACCCAGCAGUCCCCAGAGGUCUAUGAUGUCUGUCUGCAGCGGAAGGAGAACGAAGGAUUUGGCUUUGUCAUUCUCACCUCAAAAAACAAACCUCCUCCUGGCGUGAUUCCCCACAAGAUCGGGCGCGUGAUUGACGGGAGCCCCGCGGAUCAGUGCGGGAAGCUGAAGGUGGGAGACCGCAUCUCGGCCGUGAACGGCCAGUCCAUCGUGGAGCUCUCCCACGACAGCAUCGUGCAGCUGAUCAAAGACGCGGGCCACGUGGUGACCCUGACCGUCGUUGCUGAGGAAGAACACCGUGGUCCUCCGUCAGGAACGAACUCUGCCAAGCAGAGCCCAGCUCCUCAGCACCGACCUCUGGGAUCGGCACAGACCAGUGUGUCCAGCACAGACAGGGGAGCCACAGAAGGCGAAGCUGGAAAAGAAGUUUCAAACAGUUACAGGCUGUCGUGGCCUGAGCAUAAGCACUUGACACAACCUGAUGCUGGCGUUGCUUCAGUUGUUGGUAGCCGUCACUCACAGGCGCAGAAUUCUGGCUGUUUUCCAGUAGAACUGGAAAGAGGCCCUCGUGGCUUUGGGUUCAGUCUUCGAGGAGGAAAGGAAUACAACAUGGGUUUAUUCAUCCUUCGGCUUGCUGAAGAUGGACCAGCUGUCAAAGAUGGGAGAGUACAUGUUGGUGACCAAAUAGUUGAAAUUAACGGAGAACCCACCCAAGGAAUCACUCACACACGAGCCAUUGAGCUGAUUCAAGCUGGAGGGAACAAAGUUCUGCUGCUGCUGAGACCAGGGACCGGCUUGAUACCAGAUCACAGUGAUUGGGAUAGUUAUAAUCCAUCUUCGUCAAAUGUACUAUAUGAAGAACAGUCACCAUUAUCCUCAUCUUCACAUUCUGCUUCCCCAUCUGAAAUGUGUUAUUUACCAGUACCAGGAGAAGCUUUAAGGAAAGUUCAGCUGUCUGAGAAACUGGAACAAGCAAAGAACACUGUGCCUGAAAAGAUAAGCACUUUAACUGAAAACCAGUUUGAGAUGAAACCUCCGUCUUCUCCCCAGAGAACAAAGAACAGAUGGGAUCUUCCCUCCAGUGCUGGGUUUGAAAUCACAAAAGGUGGUUUGGAAUUAGGGACCAGAAGAGACAGACCUGCGAGUCCAGAAAAGUUAGGGGCAGCUGAAGGACACCACCUCCCAGGAUCGCACAGCUCUAGAAAGAGUGAUGCUGAUAAAACCCACAGCAAUCUCCCACGUAAACCCACAGAAAUAGGAAUGAACAGUAAUAACAAAAAACAGUAUUCCAGUGGAGAUCAAGGCAUGCCUGCCAGUCCUCAGAAGCAUCUCGGUAAGCAGGGAUGCACGGAGGUGGUAGGCAGGCUGCAGGAGCAUCAGGACAGAACAGCUGGCGGCGAUAAGAUGACUGCUGAACAGCUGAAAGGUGGAAAUGGUAAAACAGGAGUCACGAGGAAAGACGCAAAGCAGAAGAUCUCUGCAAGGAAGGAAUUGUGGUCUCCAGAGAGAAAAUACGCAACGUUUGAUGAGAGUAGAUCUCCGUUCAGUGACUCGAGGAGAAGCAGAGCUGAAGAUGAAAACAUAAGGAAGUCAAACUCGGGAGAACCAGGUUCCAGCAGAUUCAAAACUUCGAGUCUUUCCAAUAUUCCGCUGCUCUCCACGGAGAAGCUAAGAAGGCUGGAAGCGCAGGAGACUGAUGUUCUGAACAGACCACGUGGAGACGGACGCUUGGAGCUGCCUGACGAAACCAAAGAUGAUGGAAUUCCCAAAUCUGAAAGCAGUUCUCCGGUCAAGAAAACACCAAUAACUCCAGGACCGUGGAGGGUUCCAGGUGCGUGUAAAGUCACCAAAACAGCGUGUGCGGCUGAAAAACGGGUCUGACCGAGGCUUUCUUUUAGAAUUAAUCGAGUUUCUAGUAACGAUCAUUCAGAAGCGUUGUUUCUUUUCGCAAAGUUGUCAUGUUUUCCUGAAACUGGUUAGAGGGUGGGAAGUAUCGGAUUGGUUCUUAAAUUAUCCAAGCUGCAUGAAGGACCUUUUGGAUUCUGAAAUGAAACUCCUCCAUACGCUGCUGUCCCCUCGGCCUUUCGAAGGCGGUGUUCUGCUGCUCUCAACGUUGCACUGCUACGGCUUCCUCAGCUAGUAUUGUGAGUUUCUGAACAAAAUUAUUUAAUGCCUAUAUUGCCAAUGUGAUCAUGACUCACGUCUUGUUCUUGUGCCAAGUUAUCUACUGUAUCCAGUCAGUCUGAUUCUUUUCGUGUAUUCCAGCCACGGCAAAGUCCAGGUUUUGUUUGAAAUGGGUAUUUUCUCCAGAGCAUGUUGCAUGUUUACAUAAGGAAGUGCUCAUCUUCCUCCUGGUUCAGUGAGAGGAUGGGUGGGUUGAGUCGGUCCUGUCGAUUCCAGAGCAGCCCACGAGCCACUGAUGCUGUUCCAAUUGAGCUUUUUCGUAAAUUUUUUUAUACCUAAUAUAAAACCGUGUAGAUAAAAAUUAUAUUUGACUUAAUCGAUGUUUUGUAAUUUUGCUUUUUAUGAACGCAACAAAGUUGCUUUCUCCUCUUGAUGCGUGAGGAUGCUUAUGGUAACUGCUGGCAAACGUCAGUCCAAAAAGAGGAAGCCCUGGUUCCUGCUGAACAGCAUCGUUCUUUUGGUUCACUUGUGGCACGAUGUUCUCCUCGGGUUCUUUGUCGACAUAAACAUGGAGUGCACAUUUAUUUGCAGCCUCAUGCUGGUGCUGUAUACUGAGAAGUCCCAUCUUUUAUUAUUUAUUGCUACUUAAAUAAUUGGAUUUUUUCCCUCUGUAGAGCUAAGAUUGAGCCAUAGGACAGAACCAACCACCACGCUAGCUUCUUAAGUGAAGUUCCUGCCUGCAUAUAUGAGAAGUCUCCCAUAUUUUAUUUUAAAUGUGUGAUCUAAGACUGCUAAAUAUUAGGAUAUAUGGGGUACACAAGUCCUAAUUUCUGUUGUUUGGGCUAUAGUAGAUUCUGAAGUCCUACUGGGGAAUAUUACAAGAAGAACCUACUGACACCUCAGAUCUACAGCUGCAUAAACCCAAGCAGUUUCUAUCUGUGGUGGGUGCAGUGGAGAUUUCCUGACAUGGUAGGUCUUUAAUUACUGCAGUCUUCAAUUACUGCAGAAGAGAAGGUGGUAAAAGGAGCUCACUGGUCCAGUUCGCAGAAGGGAAAAGAGGUGCAGAAGGUCAAGCGUUACUCCCAUUAAAAUACAAGCAAGUGAUUUGCUGUUUGAAAUUGAGCAUCUUGUUUUAGCUCUGAAACACGUAAUGGUUUUUUAAACUUAAUGAAGCACAGUGAAUCAGUUCUGAGGGAAGAAUUCUUUCCAAGUGCAGAUGACCAAACAGCUUUUGGAAGAAACGCUUUGAAAAUGAAACAGGCUUCAAAGCAGAUCUGGACUGUGCUCUGCUGCUUCACUUUGGGCCAUCCAUGGAUUUGCUGUGCAGCAUAACGUUACCAAACACUCCACGCUGUGGAGUAUGACUGUGAAAAUACUUAACACUUUGCAGUUAGGCUGUGUAGAUAUUAACCAUGUACUCUUAACAAGAGAACCUGUUUUCUGUUGAGUUGUAUGGACUUGCCCUAACCGAGUGCAGUAACAAAUCCAGAAGUGUAGUACGGAGACGAAUCAGCUCCGCUGAAAUGAAUUCCCUGACAUCACUUACCCCUCUAUUUUUUCUAUCUAUCAGUGUGACCUGAUUUAGUGUCCGACCUGUGUGUGAUUUCUCCUCCCAUAGAACUUGUAUCUCUACUUACUGUAUCGGAUGACUUAGCAAUGUGGCCUUGGAAUGCUAAGCAAUGUAUGGAUGUACUGGGUGUAAAUGUUUAUAUAUUGUACAGCACCUUUAUACAUACUUCUGAGGUUCUGACUAGAGAGAGACCUGUAAAUCGCUCAUUAUUUUUUAUAUAGAUAUUAAAAAGAAACUCUAGCUCCUGG